CGUAAUAUCUGUGAGUCUAAACAACGCUGAGAGUAUAUAAAUACAGUGCACUGUGCUGCAGAAGUACAGGGCUCAGGACACACACAUCCAAAGUUCUGAAAAGAGGGCUCGCUCUCUCUCCACCUGCUCUGUUCCAGUCAAGUGUCAGAAGGCAGCAAAAAUGAAAAGCAUUUACUUUGUGGCCGGAUUGUUUGUAAUGCUGGUACAAGGCAGCUGGCAACGUUCCCUUCAAGACACAGAGGAGAAAUCCAGAUCAUUCCCAGCUCCUCAGACAGACCCGCUCAAUGAUCCGGAUCAGAUGAUUGAGGACAAACGCCAUUCUCAAGGCACAUUCACCAGUGACUAUAGCAAGUAUCUGGAUUCCAGGCGUGCGCAGGAUUUCGUGCAGUGGUUGAUGAACACCAAGAGGAACAAGAAUAACAUUGCCAAACGUCAUGAUGAAUUUGAGAGACAUGCUGAAGGGACCUUUACCAGUGAUGUAAGUUCUUAUUUGGAAGGCCAAGCUGCCAAGGAAUUCAUUGCUUGGCUGGUGAAAGGCCGGGGAAGGCGAGAUUUCCCAGAAGAAGUCACCAUUGUUGAAGAAUUACGCCGCAGACACGCCGACGGCUCUUUCUCUGAUGAGAUGAACACAGUUCUUGACAAUCUUGCCACCAGGGACUUUAUCAACUGGCUGCUUCAGACCAAAAUUACUGAGAGGAAGUAAGUAUGUCACUGUUCAAGAUCACUUCACAUCACCUGCCAGCCACAUGGAAUAUUUGAAAUUUUAAGUUCUGUAAAUUUAAGAGAUGUAUCCUGAAGCCAUAUUGCUUUGCAUGCCAAUAAAUAACUUUUCUUUUAAUAUUGUGUGACCAAAGAUUGUAAAUGGAAUAAACCAUGGUCAAAGAGUUGUUAAAAUACCAGCUUUAAAAUGUGGAAGUGCAGAAUUCUCUCCUUUUCUUAUCUUGGAUGAAGUACCCUAACCUGCUUACAUUUAGCAAUGAAAUUACUUUUCUGUGAUGUAAUUUGUACAUAUAAAUUAUUUCAAUCACAGCAUAUCUGCACUGUAAUGAUAAGAUAAGGGAAGGACUAGUAGCCACAGUGGUGAAACUGGAAAGAGAAAUUCCUUCUUGAAACAUUUGUCAUAAAAAUGCUCUGCUUUCAAUAUAUAAAUGGUAGAUAAAUAAAAUUUUCAAGCUUCUUUA